AUGUUGUCGGAAGAAGGCUCGUUCGACAUGAUGGAUGAUGAAGAUGGCGACAAUGGCAUGCAGCUCUUGACGGACCAAGAGCACCUUCGUGCCAGCUCGUCGCUCUUUUCGUCGGUCGUUCUGCAGACGUUGCAAAAAGAAGAACAGGCCAAGCUGCUAGCCGGUGUUACGGAGGAACCUGACGACGAAGAAGAAGACAAAGAGGAAGAUUCCAAACCAUCCGAAGCGUCCGAAACGAAGAAAGGAGGGAAACAACCACGGCGACGAAGUUCUCUAUUGAAAAAGACUCUCAUCAAGACGUUCACUGCCAGCGAAGAAAAGACCGUCCUCAAAGUCCUCAAGCAAAUCAACCAAAUUGAAGAACGCCAGUAUAAACAUGGCUUUCGAGAAACCAACUUUACCGCCGGCGUGAUGAACUGUUUUACGGUGGCCUAUUUCUUUGGAGCCUAUCCAGAACACUUUUGGAUUGUCUAUCUGGUGCAGUCUCUCUACUUUAUCCCCUACAAGUUCAUCAACAUGAUUCGAGCCAAACCACUCAAUGAGGCAUUUUAUUAUUUCGAUUAUUGUUGGAUGAUGAACUUCAAUGCCAUUAUCAGUCUCAUUCUACUGGCAUCGCCCAUUCCCGUUCCAAUGGCUGUACGACGAUUCGCCUAUCGAGGAUCCUUUGGGAUUGCCUGUGGACCACUCCUGGGAGCCACGCUGGUACUGCCGUUUGUCGCAUUUGUCUUUCACGACGUCAAUACCAUGACCAACGUUGUCAUUCAUGCCUUGCCGCCCAUGUUGCUAUACACCAUUCGAUGGCAUGCCGACGAAAUCAUGCAAGCAUGGCCCAGCAUUUUCCGGCUCGACGAUGAGGGCCUGCAGGAUCCCCUGUACUUUCCCAACAAUGGAAAUCCCUUCUUUUUUCCCGGAACCGGGUUGGGCAGUAUUGCAGGCAAUGCCGUGUUUAUAUACAUGAUGUGGUUUGUCCCCUACACGAGUUGGAUGCUACUCGUGGGGAUGGAUCUUCCUCGCAAAAACAGAGAGACACCACCCAAAUACGACACGGUCUUUCAUACCUUCUGGAGGACAGGAUCGUGUACUGCCUGUGGAACCUUGUUUUGGAAACGACCCGUGGAAGUCAGUCAAAAACAAAUGGAAAUGGACGAUUAUGAAACCAGGGAUUUCUUCGUCUACAUGGGAGUACAUGCCCUUUUGGUGGCACUCUCCAUCCCCACGUUGGGAUUUGCUUGCAAUUACAGCAAGUACAGCCACAUGACGGUCAUGUUCCUCGUUCUACUCGCCGUUGUCCAUCGAGGAUCCCAACGGUAUACCUACUACACCACCAAAAUGUACAGUCGCAUGAUACGAAAAGAGUUCUUGUCGUCGUCGUCGCCAGACAAAAAGUAG